AACAAAAGGGGCGGGAAUAGAAUGGAGGUAAACAUGCAAGCUGUCUUAUAAAAGUAGGUGCACAUUACCACCUUCCUUACAGCACCUAGUGACUCUGUGCAGAUCACUCGUUGUUGUGGCACCAUGGUGAUGAAGUGUUCUCCUGUGUGCCUUAUGGCACUAGCCUUGCUUGGCAGCCUCUGUGAUGCUCAGUGGAGUCUACCAAAUGUCCCGAGAAAGGAUCCCAGCAAAAAGCCACCUCAAACACCCCAACAGACAAGGCAGGAGUUCGAGGAACCACUCGUUUGGAAAUAUCCUGAAGAUCCCGUUCCUGAGGUCCAACCCGAGUUCCCCUUUGAGCUAAGAUAUCCCGUUGCUGCUGCAACAGUUUCUGUCCAAUGCAGAGAGAAGGAUGCUUAUGUGGCAGUCAAGAAGGACAUGUUUGCUGUCGGCCAAUUCAUCAAUCCAGCCGACCUUACCCUGGGAUCCUGUGGAGUUAUGGGAGAGGACAAUGCUGCUCAAGUGUUGAUUUUUGAAAGUCAACUGCAUGAGUGUGGCAGCUCUUUAGUGAUGACAGAAGAUUCUCUCAUCUACACCUGGGUUGUAAACUACACCCCGAAACCUCUGGGCGAUUCUCCAGUGGUAAGAACCAGCCAAGCUGCUGUCAUUGUGGAGUGUCACUACCAAAGGAAGCACAACGUGAGCAGCCUUGCUCUGAUCCCUCAAUGGACCCCAUUCUCUGCAGUUAAGGUGUCAGAGGAAUUCUUAUACUUCACCUUGAAACUCAAGACUGAUGACUGGCAAUAUGAGAGACCGAGCUACCAGUAUUUCCUGGGAGACAUGAUUCACAUUGAGGCCAUUGUCAAACAGUUCUUCCACGUGCCCCUGCGCAUUUAUGUGGACCGUUGUGUCGCCACUUUUGGACCUGACAUGAAUUCUCAACCAAGUUACGCCUUCAUCGAGAACCACGGGUGCUUUGUUGAUGCUAAGGUCACGGGCUCUGACUCAAAGUUCAGAACUCGCUCUGAAGAGAACAAGCUCCAGUUCCAGUUGGAGGCUUUCAGGUUCCAGGGCACUGACAGUGGAAUGCUCUACAUCACCUGCCACUUGAAAGCGACAUCUGCUGCCUAUGCCAUCGACACUGACCAUAGAGCUUGCUCUUACACCGGCGGAUGGGAGGAGGCCAGCGGUGCUAAUUCAGUUUGUGGCUCCUGUGACUCUGUCUCAGCUGGCGGCUCAAACAGUGCUUCCUGGGCUUCUGCUAAUCCGGUUAAUCCUUCAUUUCAACCAGUUGGCGGCUCAAACACUGGUUCGUGGGGUUCUUCUAGUCCGGUUAAUCCUUCAUUUCAACCAGUUGGCGGCUCACACCAUGGCUCGUGGGGUUCUUCUAGUCCGGGUAAUCCUUCGUUUCAACCAGUUGGCGGCUCAAACACUGGUUCCUGGGGUUCUUCUAGUCCGGCUAAACCUGGCAGGAAGGUCCGCGAUGUCUCCAAGACUGGAGAAAGUGAAGUAUUCGAAUGGGAAGGUGAUGUCACCCUGGGUCCCUUUGCCAUUGGAGAGAAGGUGAUCGCUUAAUUAAAAUUUCUGCUAUGGCUGACCAACAGAAUAAACCUUAUUAAUUGGUUCUAACUGUAUGUUUUUUCCUCUUGCGUAUUGUUCAUAGUGCAGAUUCAAAAAGGGUUAAAUACCUGUCUCGCAGUGAUAUGUACAUUUUCAGACAAAAUAAUAAUAAUAUAGCCUGGAAAUGCUUGUAGGCAAACUUCCAAAAGAUAAAAGUGUAACUUUUUGUGCAUUAGCAUCUCUGUGAUGAUAAAUGUUACAUAGACACCUGUCCAGUUUAAAGACUG